GAGAUUGAGGCUAGCCUAAACUUUAGCUAAGGAAGGGCGUCACGGCCGUCAGAGAUGGCGUGUGAGCACGAAGGCAAGUGUGUCCGCGGUCACGUUUCAGCCAUGUGUGUCUACCGCUCGUCGCGUGGGGCCUUGGCGCAUGCACGAUCCGGCUCUUCGUGAGGCGCCGUACGAUGUCGCACUUGAAUGCAAAUCCUCCUGCUCGUCCGUCCUUUCUUUUGCUCGCUUGCGGCAAUCAUCCUCGAGGCUUUAGGCGCACGGUUCGGAUCCCGCCUCAAUCAUAUCUCCUGACGCUGCCGUCGCAUCAACGACCGACCUUUGUCUUCUCGUCUAAAAAUCCCAGUCUUACAUGUGUUGCAUGUUUGAACGUGCGUUACUUCUACCCACGAAAGACUGUUGCAUCUGCCUUCCCAUCCUUUGCACGAUGUCUAUAAGAGCGACGCGGGGGCUACGUGAAACAAGCUGAACCCGAACCUUCUCCAAAGCCAAGUCCCAGAUGAUCUCUUUCAACGCAAUCUACCUCGCUAGUUUCGUCGUUCUUGCAUCUGCGCAGAACAUAUACUCACGAAUGACGACGUCUAGGAUGGGCCGUGGCUCUGGUUCGCGCACAGAACGAUGCCCUCAACGCCGCCGGUUACAACGUCGGCAUUACGCCAUCCGGUCUCCUGGUAUUCUCCCACUCACAUGCUCCCCAGGUCGUCUUGUCUGCCCGGCGAUCAAUAAAUCUGGCACCGGUUCGUCCACGACGACUCCGACAAAGCUCACACAGCCGUGCGAGUUCAACACGUGCCCGACUGGGUCCCCCGCGGAGGGUUUCAACGCGACGAAUUCUCGCCUGAAUUGGGUCAACGGCUUCCCUGUUGAUUCUGCGAAAUUUGGUAUCCAGACGCUGGGACCUAAGUUCUUCGGCGGCGCGAAGCCCGUCUUCGUUGUCAGCGGACCAAACGUCGGAACACGGUUUUGGUCUCUGGCACAGUGUGAGUGCCAGUCCAGGAUUCCCUCCAACCAUCACUCAUCCACCAGUGGGGCCGCCACCGAAGCCGCGAAGGAGGGAAUCCCUGCCGCAGCCUUCUCUGCCGCGACGGGCGAUCAGAUUUCGUUCACCACGUUGACCACCUCGCCGAACUCGACAGACUCGCGCGCCGCCAUCGUUUACUCCCAACUCACCACGAAAGUCCUCUCGCCUCUUUUUUGCGGCGGGAGCCCCCAUCCUGCCCGCCGGAAUCGUCCUGAACGUCAACUACCCGACGUUCUCCGCCUCGUGCCCGACUGCCUCGGCGUUCAAGUUCGUGCUUACGCGCAUUAA